AUGAGCCGCCGCGACCGCGACCCCCGGGCGUCGCCGCCCCUCACCGCGGCCCCGGGGCGGUUGGCGGCGGCGGCGGCGGCGCGGGGCGCGGAGCGGGAGGAACUGGCGGCGCUGAACGAUCGUUUCGCCGCUUUCCUGGAGCGGGUGCGGGCGCUGGAGCGGCAGAACGGGACCCUCCGCGCCGCCCUGGGCCGCGCCGCCGCCGCCACCGGGCCCCGCACCGGGCUGGUGCAGGGGGAGCUGCGGGGGCUGCGGGAGCGGCUGGAGCGCCUCGGCCGCGACCGGGACCGGCUCCAGGCCGAGCGGGACGGGCUCGCCACCGACCUGGCGGCCCUGCGGCAGCGGCUGGAAGAUGAGACACAGAAGCGCGAGGAUGCAGAGAAGACCCUGGUGCUGUUCCGCAAGGACUUGGACCACGCCACGCUGUCCCGCCUGGAGCUGGAGCGCAGGGUCGAGCUGCUCAUGGACGAGAUCGGCUUCCUCAAGAAGCUGCACGAGGAGGAGCUGCGGGACCUGGAGGUGAGCGCCCCGAGCCCGGCGGGGCCGGCGGAGGGGGAGGUCUGCAAACCCGAGCUGACGGCGGCGCUGCGCGAGAUCCGCACCCAGUACGAGAGCAUCGCCGUCAAGAACCUGCAGGAGGCCGAGGAGUGGUACAAGUCGAAGUUCGCCGACCUGUCGGACGCGGCCAACCGCAACCACGAGGCCCUGCGCCUGGCCAAGCAGGAGAUGAACGAGUCCCGGCGGCACAUCCAGAGCCUGACCUGCGAGGUGGACGGGCUGAAGGGCAUGAACGAGGCGCUGCAGCGGCAGAUGCGGGAGAUGGAGGACGAGUUCGGGGAGGAGAUCGGGAACUACCAGGCCGCGGUGGGGCGGCUGGAGCAGGAGAUCCAGCAGAUGAAGGAGGAGAUGGCGCGGCACCUGCGCGAGUACCAGGACCUGCUCAACGUCAAGAUGGCCCUGGACAUCGAGAUCGCCACGUACCGCAAGCUGCUGGAGGGCGAGGAGAGCCGGAUCACCGUCCCCCUGCACCCAACCACCUCCUUCAGCGGGAGAAGCUCAGUGCUGGAGCCCCAGCCCGUGGAGAUCCCGGCACGAAGGACGGUGCUCAUCAAAACCAUCGAGACCCGGGACGGGCAGCAGGUGGUGACGGAGUCGCACAAGGAGCGGGCGGGGAAGUGACGGAGGGGACCCGCCGUGGGGGGCACGGAGCAGAGCGGGGGGGGCCGGGAGCCCCCCACCCCUAAUUCCUGCUGCCGGCACCGUGGGGCGGUGCCGCGGUGUGUCCCUGUGCCUUGCCCCCCCCCCGUGCCUUGUCCCCCCCCAUUUAUCGCUAUUUAUUGUUCUCCAAGCACAGCCCGGCCGUGUUUCACAGCGAACCUUCCCCGGGGGGGGUCCCGGCGCCCCUCCCGCCACCGGAGCGGGCCCCGGCUGUCCCGGGGGUGGCGGGCCCGGUGUCACCCCGCGCUGUCCCCUCCGGUGUCACCCCGCGCUGUCCCCUCCGGUGUCACCCCCCGGGACCGCCAGGGGGCGCCCUCGGCCGCUUUAAUUGCGCGUUAAUUACCGGGUUAAUCACGGCGUGACGAGGCUUUUGGGGCGCGCGGGGAAAACGCCCCGAUUUCCACAACCGCGUUAUUUUUUAAGCGUUUUUUUUUGUUUUUCCCUUUUCGAAUCGUUUCGGCCGCGCUGUUUUCAACCGAAUCGUGCAAAAAUCGCGUCGUCGUAACGCGAAAUUCGCUGGUUGGUUUUGCCGGCUCGAGCAAAUUCUGUAUCAUUUUAAAGCGGGUUUUGCGUCGUUAGUUGGAUCGUUACAAGCAAAUUACGCAAAAUUGCACCUUAAGCGAUUUUUUGCAUCGUUAAUUACAUCGUUUUAACCAAAUCACGCGAAGUUGUGUUCUUUAAACAAAUUUUUUGAAACACCUAAUUGCAUUAUUUUAACAACAUUUUGCAUGAAUGGACUACUUUAAGCAAUUCCUGCAUCAUAAAUUCCGUUGUUUUAAGAAAAUGGCAUUAUUUUAAGUAUUUUUCACAUUAUUGUCACUUUAAGCAAAUUAUACAAAAUUCCGUUAUUUCAGGCCAUUUUUUGCAGCGUUAAUUGCAUUAUUUUAAGCAGAUUUUGCAUCAUUAAUUAUUCCGUCUCCGGCUAAUUUUGCGUAAUUUAAUUGUUUU